GACAAGAAGUUGAUACGGACGCAGCAGAGCUAGCAUGUACCGACGGUGAGGAGGCAUUGGAGUUCCUGAAGAAGAAGGGUGUUGGCGAGUUGUCGAUGACUGCGAACUGGCCUGUCAGGCAUAACCCGCUGGUCAGGAUCAGAGGAACGAUCAACGCGUACGUCGAGGAGCUUGUCAACCCAGCCUGGUUUCAGGAGUUCGUUCUUGGGACGCUGCAUGCCCUACACAGGCGUCUGCUAAAACACAAUGGUAAUAUCAUCGGGAAGGUGGCCUUCGACUAUCAAGUGGCCUUUCACCAGAUAGAUCAUCGGUGUUCAGCUUUGAUUGCUCUCCACAAGGCGUUGAAGGCGUGGGUCGAAUCACAAAUAGACAUGCUCUUGCAAGAGACCCUGGAACCAUUCUCCAUCAUUGUCGGGUACAUGCUGCAUGCUAAUAAACACAUGUCGGAGGAGCUCAACAUCGCCUUGACCUAUGCUACGUUCCAGGGGAUGUCCAUCAAGCUGCAGUCGGUCGGGCGUGCCAUCGAGGAGUUCGAUGCCAGCAUCCUCGAGGCGUUCGCGAAGAUCAGGGAGCUCACGCCCAAGGCGCCUGUGGAGGAGCCUGCUGCUAAGGCGACUGUCGUGAAGACAGAGGCGGAGACAAGCGCGGGGAAGAGAACGCUUAAUGCUAGGAAGGCCGCCAAGCGCAUCGGAGAGCAGUUGAAGCAACGAGCCGUCAUCGAGCAGACCCCCCUCUUCCACUUCGCGGUCAUGGUUUCCGAUUCCAUGAGGUCUUGGAUUGCGAACCUCCCUGAGAGCAUCAUGAAGGACAAGGUCAAGAGCUACGACCUCAUGGUCGACAUCGAGCUCAUCGCCAAGAAGUGGGCAGACAAGGAGAAGCGCAUGCGGUGCAUGAACCACGUGGAGUGUGCCAGGCCUCCAACACAAGGCGUGCGCAUCGCAAGGAGGGUGAUCCUCGACCAGGUGAGGCAGCAGAGCACGCCAGCAUCGGAGUUGGCGCGCACCAUGCAGGCGUUCCCCCUGGGCAAAGCGAUGAUGGAGGCCAGCCGCCUUCACGUGGCCCAGGGCAUCGAGGACGACACAGCGACGAGUGCUUUCAAAGCCGCAUCGUCGAAGUUCGAGAAGGCUUUCGAGAUCUGCUUCGACGACCUCGAUGGCUGGAUGUCGCAGGUGCGCAGCACCGCUGAUGAUACAGCACUCGGCAUCGUCAACGACCUCUUCAACCAGAUGGGCCUCUUCUUCACCAGCGCGUUCGGGUCGAUCAAGAAGUGGGGUACGACGUCGGCCCACUCCAACCUGGACUUCGUGAUUCAGAACCUGGAGAACACCAUGGUCAUGAUCAUGAUCGGCAACUACAUGGCCGUUGACAUCUACAUGGAGAUGGUGGGGUCGCUUGUUCCGAAUCUCGGCGACGCGCUUCUGGGAGUUAUCAGAGGAGGCGGUGCUGAACUGCAACUUGAAGGUGAGGCAGGACCUGCGGCAGCUGAGGAUGAGAACGGGGCAGAGCAGACGGUUCAGGUGACUGCGAACGCCUCGCAUGAUGAAACCAUCGAGAAGUUCACCACCGCCGUCUCAAAGUUCAAGGCCAGCUUGGAUGACUUCACGGGGACCCUGAGUACAAUGAACGACAGGUGGCAUAACUGCAAAGUCGCCUUACACCAGCGCGUCGGUGACGUGAUGUGGGACAAGCUGAGCGGUGAGCACGCCACAUCCCCGACCAGGACGUCAGCAGUUAUCAGUCAUACGCAUGCCAUGCUGUCGGACAUGAUGGCGUUCAUGGAGUAUUGCGCGAAGGUCGCGGCUGCGAGCAAGCAGGAGUCCAAGACGAAGGAGCAACAGGAUGCGUUCACUGCUGACCUCGUCAAGCUCGCAGGCGUGAUGCGGCAUAUGGAUGGACAAGAUGUCAGUUUCUUUGUCGACAGCGCGGCGACUAACCAGGACAUCGUGGAGAAGGCGUCGAACGACUUCAAGGCGUUCCUCGGUGGCGUAGGCAAGACGAUCUUCAGCAGCUGCAGCGACGCGUUCCUGGCCAAGAAGGUUUCGGUCAUUGUUCCCAUGCCGUUCGGCUUGGGCGUGGUCAGCCAGAGCGUGCUGCGGGACGUGGCGUUCGAGGAGUGCUUCAACAGGCUGGUUCUCAAUGCUGAUGCCUCGCGCCUUGUGCUGGACGGCAUCGCCUGGGUCGACGGCGAGACGAAAGACGAUGAGAGUAUGAACCAGUUGCCGUUCAACAAAGCCGUGUCCGAGUUGUUUUCCUUCAUCGAGGCGGGCUCCGUUGAAGAGGUCAUGAUUUUAGGGACUUCGCUCAACGGCGACAGCAUCCACAUGCCAGCGAAGUACGCGAAGAUCUACUUGGAUAUGGUGGCGCAGGUCAGGGAGGUGGCAGGGAUUGCGGCGACGCUACACAACAACAUGUCCACGAAGACGGUGCGCAACGACGACGCCGUAUUCGGCACCUUCGUGCACGCGCAGAGCAUGGCGGCAAGGGGUUUGCUCCGUUUGGACAAACACUUGUCGUCGCAAGAGACGUUCGACUUCGAGAAGGAGGGCUGGCAAUGCGAUGUCAACGUCCAGAGCGUGAGGCAGUGGAUCCGCGAGGUGGCGGUCUACGUAGGUGCGUCUCAGACUAAGCUGCUGGAGCUGAUGGCGGAGACCUUGGUGAACCACUGCAAGGUGACCAACGAACUCUUGCCCGAGCUCAGCGCGGCGAUCGACCAGCACGGGAACUACAACGAGAAGAUCGGGGCUCGGCUCUUCAGCAACCUCGCGGCUGUGACUGCGGGGUACAACACGAUCCACAAGACGCUGAGCUACCUGUCCAGGGCUGGCAGGCUGCUGGACGUGAGCCCCACGGUCGACGAGCACGACUGCACGGCGACGUCGAUCGCCACUGGGAUCGCCACGAUG